UCCCCUGUCACAGGACACUGAGCGCCCCCCUGCCUGCUGGAUGACAGGACGCUCCUACCGGCUCUCCACCAUGAAGGGCUAAUUAGCAGCACCAGAGAGGGGUCGCCCGUCUGCACCUAUGGGAGCCAUGCUGGAUGCGCCCCAGAGGUGGAGGCUGCAGUAGGUACAGAUCACUGCCGGAUAGAGGACGAAGAAAAGAAGGGAAAAACAUCAAAAAGGCCAGUGCAAUAGACAAGAGGCUAACCACACAAUUGUUUGCUGCGGAGCAGGAUCGCCAUGGCAACCAGAAAAUACAAUUAAAAAGGCAAGUGAGGCAGAAGCAGAUGUAGGCUGCUCCUUACCUUGGGACAGAAGGAAGUGGAAGAAUUAUGCAGAAGAGAAAAGGAUAUAUGACUGAUAUGGUCCCUCGGUGGCAGGAAGUGUUUUUUCAUUAAAAAAAGGAAUGUGCCACUUCUACCUUCAGGAAAAGGGAGUGCCAUGACAUCUGCUGUGGAGGCCAUCUGCAUGAGCUUGUGCUGGUCCUUAUUUCUACACACUUGUUAGGGGCGAGACUCAUAAUCUGAUUGUUAUCAUACUUAGCGCAAGGCUGAAAGACAAGCUUUCUGUUAGGCAGCGAGGAAGGAUAAAGUGAGAGAAGGGGGGAAUCUCCAUCUCUGGCAACCGCCUACCAUGGGAUGUCGGCAGAGUGCGGAGGAGAAAGAGGCAGCAAGGCGCUCGCGCAGGAUCGAUAGGCACCUGCGCUCAGAAAGUCAGCGCCAACGUAGAGAAAUCAAACUUUUGCUGCUUGGAACCAGUAACUCCGGUAAAAGCACCAUUGUGAAGCAGAUGAAAAUUAUUCAUAGUGGUGGGUUCAAUCUGGAGGCAUGCAAAGAAUAUAAGCCCCUCAUCAUUUAUAAUGCCAUUGACUCCCUAACCCGCAUCAUAAGGGCUCUUGCUACACUGAAGAUUGAGUUUCACAACCCGGACCGGGCAUAUGAUGCAGUGCAGCUGUUUGCUUUGACUGGCCCUGCAGAAAGCAAGGGUGAAAUUACUUCUGAACUGCUAGGGGUGAUGAAGCGACUAUGGGCAGAUUCAGGCGUCCAAGAGUGCUUCUCCCGCUCUAAUGAGUAUCAUCUAGAAGACAACGCUGCCUAUUACCUAAAUGACCUUGAAAGGAUAGCAGCCGUUGAGUACAUCCCCACUGUAGAAGACAUCCUGCGUUCUCGAGACAUGACUACAGGCAUUGUAGAGAACAAGUUCACCUUCAAAGAGCUGACAUUCAAGAUGGUUGAUGUUGGAGGCCAGCGGUCAGAAAGGAAGAAGUGGAUUCACUGCUUUGAGGGUGUGACAGCCAUAAUAUUCUGUGUGGAACUCAGUGGAUAUGACUUGAAGCUUUAUGAAGACAACCAAACAAGCCGCAUGGCAGAAAGUCUUCGCCUGUUUGAUUCCAUCUGCAACAACAAUUGGUUUAUCAACACUUCUCUAAUCCUCUUUCUCAACAAGAAGGACCUCUUAGCUGAGAAGAUCCGACGCAUCCCACUCACCGUCUGCUUUCCCGACUAUAAGGGACAGAAUACGUAUGAGGAAGCGGCUGUCUAUAUCCAGCGGCAGUUUGAGGACUUGAAUCGCAACAAGGAGACCAAGGAGAUUUAUUCACACUUCACCUGCGCUACGGACACCAGCAACAUUCAGUUUGUGUUUGACGCAGUGACAGAUGUUAUUAUCCAGAACAAUCUCAAAUACAUUGGACUGUGCUAAGUGUUUCUCCUGGAGCCUGCACAGAAAAUAGGGCACGUUCUUAUCCCUGAGACCACAUGCCAGGGGGUUAAAGUAAACACUAAGCAAGGGGUGAGACUAGGCCCAGUCUAGGCCCUACGCACAGCACUGAACGUCCAGAGUGAAUCCCUCACCCACACAAACUUGAUGGGUGACUUGGAUUUUUCUGGUGCCAGACCAGGAAAAUAAUGUGUUUUAUUUGCUCCCUGUAUCAAGUAUGUGUGGCGUGCGUGUGUUGUGUGUGGAUCUACUAGUGUUUGACUGGUGCCUGAUGUGGUAAACCUGUGAAGAGCUCCUUUUGAGAGAGGGUUACUGGUCACUGAUGGGAAUCUAAGGUCUGUCAGGUAAGACUUGUCACAAUAGUCACUCUGUUCUGUCAGAAAAAAAUGCUUUAUUGCCAGCACAGAACAAACAAUCAAGAAUUAUUCCAGCUAUGCCUGGCACCUACUAUAUGUGCCAAAGCUACACAGGGUUAUACAGUAUAUUUUAAUAUAUAUUUAAAAUUGUACAUAUGCAACUUUUUAGCUGCAGUACAAUUUUUUUUUUCCCUUUGGUGAAAAUAUGGCUGCAGCUGCUUCAGAACUUCCUAUAAAUCAAGGUAUCAAUAGCGUGUCUCAUUCAUGUAGACUUAUUCCACGCGAAGAUGGAACUACAUAAAAGCAAAAUGAGAAUCAACUACAUUCCCAAAAUGAUGUACAAUUCUUCUCUGUGGUUUCAAGCUAUCCUCCCGGGCCUGCUACUCAUGCUUCAUACAAUCCUGAGAAGAAAGCUGGAGAACAGCAGCCAUUGUUUUGGGCCUUUUUUUUAUGAUUUUAUUUUCUUUUUUACACAACAGAUUACUGGCUAGAUUUGUCUUUAUCUCAGUUGUAUAGAAUGUCAAAGGUGUUCCAUGGAUACUACCGUCAGGCAGGUGAAACAUCUCUGGAUUUACAGGUGGCACACGUUGCUGUGUGCUAUAAAGCUGAUUUUGACUCCUCAUACCAUAUAAAUAUCAUUUUGCCAGAAUGUUCUGGUUUCUUGUUUGUAGUACACAAGUACUACAUCAUAGAACGAUUAUGUAAAGCAUACCAACAUGCCUGUGCUUGCUACUUAAACAGCAGAAUCGGGUCGAAGUUUGGCCUUCAGCUGGUUCAGGUCUGGAUUGCUCCUCACUGUAGACAGCAAUGCUGUUGCUGUACCAUGAAGACCUUCUACUGUCUUCACUUUCUAUUGUUGCCUUCAGUGCGGUAAAUGGGCCUCAAUAUCCUGUUUUGCAGCUGCUCACUGUUGCAUCUGAACAACAGUAGUGAGAAUACAAAGUUUGAUCUUUAUGAAGACAUUUAUUGAAAGUUCCUGAACCCAUAUAUUCUAGACUACGCAUCUGAAUCUGCACUAUAAGAGCCUGUCCAGCGCCCUUUUGUUUAUAUGACACAACCAGCUCCUCCACCACAAGUGAAGCAGAAGUGGCUCUGAACAGGCUCUGGCAGCAGAUUGUUCACGCAAAUACAACUGUUGAGAAUUUUUGUUUUCUGCGAUGUCCCGUGCUGCUUUUGACAGACAAAAAAAGUGGGACAUUUUUAGGACAUUUUAAAGAAGCGCUCAACUAUUUUUGUUUGUUAUGAAACAAAAAAAAAGUAUAAAAAAAAAUGCAAAAACACUGGAACAUAUAAUAACACUGGCUAUUUAUUUGCAAAAAAACCCGUACAAAACAUUGAAAAGAAACUUUAAGCCUAUGAGUAUUCACACUAAGACUUUCUGUGGUAAUAUAGACCUUGUGGCGAGACCUGGCUUUACUUUCCCCUUAAACUGGAGCAGUGCGUUCUUAAAGAAGCGUCAGUGGAGCAAUAUGAACAAUAACUUCACAUUUUGCUUUUUACAUGGUUUUUGGGAGCUAAAAGUGUAACAUGGUGCGAUAUUCCAUAGGCCCACCAUAAGGAUACAAAGUUUUCUCUAUUUUCUGGCAGUAGGGCUGCUGAUUCUGGAUGUCUGUGUGAAGUCUGUGUGUAAAUAAGUUGAGACCACGUAAAGCACAUCCACUUAGUAUGUAAAUUCCUCUCCUUUGAGCUUCAUGUGUAACUCAAGUCACACAGCGUCCUCCCGAAAACACACAACCCCUAUCAAAAGUGUAUGACUCCUCUGCCAAGGGCUUAUAUCCUCAGGGUCCAUGAGGCCUGCAACACGCUGUAUGUACCCGUUACCUGGUGGUGGCCAGAGUGCCUUGCAGGCUUCUUUGCCCCUGAAGAUCAAUGACACUACAGUUUCUCUACUGGUGAAAGGGAAAUAAAGAUUCUGAAUGGUUAA